AUUUCCUGCCAAUACCUGCGAUACUAGCAGCACAAAGCUGCAAUGCAACCCACUAUUAUCUCCACGUUGCUCGCAAACGAACUGCGGCCAGAUUCUGAGGCCGCCGCAACCAUCAGCCAGGUGCAACACCUAGCAUCCUAUAAUUGGAUUGAAUCCGAUUCCCCUACGAUUGCUAUCCCCGGCAGUCCUAAUCUGUGGAGUCCACCGUGGACAACCAAGAGGAGACGAGGGAAGCUGUUGAAGGUGCCCAAGGACUCAGGACUGCUGUACAUCGCGCAGAAUGCAGCGCGUCACCCGGCCAGCCCGAUGGAGCCUCUCUUCCGCACCUUGUACUUCACUCGUCCCGCCUUCGACAUCAGCGCAGUCGACAUUGUGACGGACCGCAACAACAUCCGGAAGCUGUUGACAUUCAUCAACCCGAAACACAACAGGAGCCGCCUUGAGGAUUUUACCAUUCAAAUUGAACGACAGGGGAGGACCAUGCUUCUUUGUCGCCAAGAGAUAUGGACCCGGGAGUUUAUACCUCGCCGGGAAUUUCGCGGGUUCGGCCAUGAGUUUGAGAACGCAACCACUAGCCGUCGAAUCCCAGACAGUACAGGCCACUACCGAAUCGUGUCCUAUGAAUUUGCGGGACUGUCGUGUUUGGUGCGGUAUGAGACCGACGGAUACGUUCCGCCGGGUGACGACGUGGCUUCAGCGAUGGGGCGGAGCAGCCCGAGUAUCUUAGGUCCCCCUACGGUCAUUUCUCCAUAUUCGGCGUUGAGGGUCUGCGAAGGAGGCCAAACCGUUCCAACGCAGUCCAUACUGGAGAUCAAGACCAAGGCCGAGCGAAAGCCUGUGGAUCUGCAGCAGGUCCUACCUCAAAUGUGGGUGUCCCAGACGUCUCAACUGGCUUGUGCCUACUACAUACAAGACGGCUGGUUUAUUCCGUGUCAGCCGACAAGUGCAGAAUCCGAGAUCCGAGAAUGGGAGGAGAAUCAUCAGGACGACCUCCAGCGGCUAGCAGCCUUGCUUAGAUGGUUGAUUGUGUCUGUUCCCACGAGUGGCCAGAAGGCCACGCUGGAAUAUUAUUCGCAGCGCAAUCAGCUAGUGAUCUCCCACGCCGAGCGUGCUGCGAUGCUUCCGCCGGAUCUCUACAACAGGUGGUAAACCAGGCUAAGGCGUUCCUUUGCAGCUAUUAUAGCAGCAGGUGUCGGUGUCUAGGGGCUUAAUGAACUCGAAGGAGGCCCCACCC